AUGUCUAUCUCCACGCCCGACCCCUCAAUCGCAGUCAAAGACCUCUCCUACAAAUUCCAAGAUGGCUCCGAAGGCCUCGAACACGUAACCCUCGAUCUGCCCGCCGGCAGUCGAACCCUUCUAAUCGGCGCCAACGGCGCAGGUAAAACCACCCUCCUCCGCCUCCUCUCCGGCAAACGGCUCGCGCCCACACACACCAUCACAGUCGGCGGCGUCGACCCCUUCAAAGACACCCUCGAAGGCGUAACCUACCUCGGCGUCGAAUGGGUGCUUAACAGCAUCGUCCGCACAGACAUCGACGUCCCCACCCUCCUCGCCUCGGUAGGCGGCAACGUCUGGCCCGCCCGCCGCGACGAGCUAGUCGACAUCCUCGACAUCGACCUGCGCUGGCGCAUGCACGCCGUAUCCGACGGCGAGCGGCGGCGCGUCCAGCUAGCCAUGGGCCUGCUCCGACCCUGGACGGUACUCCUGCUAGACGAAAUCACCGUGGAUUUGGAUUUACUCUCGCGGAGCAACUUUCUCGCGUUUCUCAAGAGGGAGACUGAGUCCCGGCCUUGCACUAUUGUCUAUGCGACGCAUAUUCUGGAUAAUCUGGCACAGUGGCCGACGCAUCUUGUGCAUAUGCAUUUGGGCAAGGUUAGGGCUUGGGGUGCUUUGGAGACGUUUUAUGAUCAGGUGCCGGAUUGGACGUCGGAAAAUAGUCGGUUGGGUGAGUUGGUGCUGAAGUGGUUGAAGGAGGAUCUUAAGUCGAGGGGACCGAGGAAUGGGGUUUCUGGUCAGGCGAAGACUUAUGGGGCUACGGAUGGGAUUGGUGGGUAUGGGUUGGAGAAGCGUGAUGAGUAG